AUGGCUUCCUUCGGACCGACGGCUAUGCCAAACUCGGAGCGCGCGCAUCACCUCAACAAAGGGACGGUGAUCUUCAGCUACACCUGCGUCGGCCUCGUGGGCGUCGCGAUCAUCUUCGUCCUCGUCUUCUUCUGCUACCAUAUCCGCAACCGAGCGCCGGUCGCCGCCGCCACGGCGGAUACCGACGCGGCGGGAGGUCGUGGUCGCAGCGUGGACCUCGCCAAGAUACCUGAGUUCGCGUACACCGGGUCUGCCAGGCACAGCGGCAGCGGCGACGGUGCGCAGUGCUCGGUGUGCCUCGGCACGGUGCAAGCAGGCGAGAUGGUGCGGUUGCUGCCCUUGUGCAAGCACCUGUACCACGUGGAGUGCAUCGACCUGUGGCUGGCGUCGCACGACACGUGCCCGCUUUGCCGCGCGGAGGUUGAGCCGCCGGAAGAGGACGACCAGCCCGCGUUGACGACGGAGCUGCCGGUGUAG